ACCUCUAUAGCGCCACCAACGUCGACAACAUCGAUAACCCGACCGACAAGUUCGCUGAUCAAUGGGAACGAGUUGUGCAAUGACACGGAAAGGCGGAGCAACAGUAUAGCAGCUUUGAGACUACGAGCAAAAGAACACUGUGCAGCACUCGAACAUCACACGGCAACAGCUUCAAAUAUUAUAGGUGCUUACGGAAAAUAGCCAAUACAUACGAGAUUCGAACUCUGUGAUUGUCCCGGUGCUGUAACUGAUCUUUUGAACUAUUGUCCUUCACUUCAAGAUGUUGAAGGAGGCAGAUUGAAACAAUGUCUAAUAUUGAGUAGACUCGAGUUCUAAAUGACCAGAAUAAAUUAAUUGGACCAAAGUAAUACCCCCACACCAGGAACAGUUGAGACCAGAGUACCAUCGACACAACGGGUGGUAUUGCAGCCAUUUUUUUUAAUAAGCUAGAUGUAUAUAAUUGAAUUCAAUAUAAUUAUUAUUCUUUCUAAAAUAUUUAAAGCUUGCCGUUCGUAUGUAGCAAUACAUCCCUGACACGAUAAACGGAAUCAUGUAGCAAUACAAUCCCCGACACUGUAGAUGGAGUCAUGUAGCAAUACAUCCCCGACAAGAUAAACGGAAUCAUGUAGCAAUACAACCCCGACACGAUAGACGGAAUCAUGUAGCAAUACAACCCCGACACGUAGAACAGGAAUCAUGUAGCAAUACAUCCCUG